AUGAUUGUAGACAGUAAAUUACUUUCGAGGGGCUUGGAAAUUAAAUACCGCUUCGAAGGUGGACUGUUUAACCUAAAAAGGCUGAGAGCGAAAACGAGAACGAAGGUCCUUACCGACCUUCAGUAUGCAGAUGACUGCGGCCUCACCUCAGACUCCGCUGACAGCCUGCAAAAAAUUUUGGAGACUUUCGACUGGGCAUAUAAAGCGCUGGGGCUGAAAAUCAACAUUGCUAAAACUAAGAUUAUGUGUACCCCACAAAAUGCUGAAAGGACCAGAGUGAAGAUCGAAAACGAAGAUUUGGAAUAUGUCGAAUAUUUUCAUUAUCUUGGAAGCGUAGUAAGCAACAAAGCCACAAUCGACGACGAAAUCAGAAAUAGAGUCGGUGCGGCAUCAAGAGCUCUUUGGGGCCUAAUCACGACCUGUCAAUCAGAACCAAAGCAGCAGUUUACCGAGCUGUGGUAG